CCGCCGCGGAACACCCGCACAGCCCCGGCUGCCCCCGGGCCGGGCCGAGCGCUCGCACGGCCCGCUCCGACCGCCGGGUCCUGUCCUGGGCAGCGGGGCCGAAGCGGGUCAGCUCCGUGCGAUAGCCCAGCACGUGGUGUAGGCCGAUAGGAAGGAAACUGCAGCGGACUGAGCGUUUUGCCAUUUCAGAACAGUGCCCAUGUCUAAGAACUCCCAGCUCACGGUUCUGCUCGAUGGAGGAAACAUUUCUGUGUGUUUGGGCCGCCCGGGGGCUCCUCUGCCAGAAACACGUGUCCCGGGACGCGUUUCCCACGGGGACGCGGUGCCCCAGCCACGGAGCAGUGCUUUGGCAUGUCAGGAAGCGGCAGGAGCUGCACCGCUCCUGCGAGUUGGAAGGUUCAGGUUCCACGAAUAUAUCUUCUUAUGUCCUGAAACAAAACCAAAUUCCAGACCUUCUUUCUGGUGAUGUAAGCUCCACUGUUUUCUUCAUGGCUGAAGGCCAGCUCUGGUUUUGGUCUUUGUUGUGCCACUUUGGUAUUUCCCCCCCAGUAUUGCACCACUGUAAAAUGUAGUUACCCCCCCCGCCCCUCCAUAACCCUCUGUGAUGCUGUGGUGGGUUUUUUAAUGUUUUAAUGUAGAUGGAGAAUGUGUGAGUGUGUUGCUCUUGAUCAACUCUGAGGCUGCAGAAUGAAAUACACACUCCCUGGGGAUCUGAAACCUAAUGUUGUAGUAAUUUAGGGAUAUAAAUGUAUGCUAGUUUGUGUUUUCCAGCACAAGUGCUCUCCCUUCUGUGUAAGUUUCCUGCACACCCUGACAGCCCUCAAUGCUGGAUGCACUGUGCUGUCAGUAAGAUGUAGACAAACAAAGCAGUGUCACUGUUGGAGCAAAAGGUCUUACAAGGGACUUAGAAAAUGUGAACAAGAAGUGGCAGAAGAAAGUGUAUUUCAAGACCUCCUGGAAAUCCUGAGCAGUGCCUCCCGUGCCAUUGAGCAGAGCUGCAGGGACUCCUGUGGGCUGGCAGAGGUGGACACCUGCCUGCUGCUCGUGGCUGAGUGCUUCAGGUGCCUGAGGAAUGCCUGUGUGCAGUGUGCCAGGAACCAGCACCUCCUGAGGAACUUGGGUCUCAUCUCUACAUCUGUCCAUUUGAUCAAAUUGCUUCAUGGAAUGCAAGUCAAAGAAGAAUUGUUAUUGCCUGCUCUUCGUUGUAGUCUCCAGUUUCUUGGAAACAUUGCAGCAGGAAAUGGAGAUUCCCAGAAUAGCCUUUGGAAGUGUGCUUUCCCAGAUCUCUUCUUGACGUGCCUGACGUACAGCGACAGGAAGGUCGUUGCCUAUUGCUGCAUGGUCCUGUUCACCUGCCUGGACCCGGCCAAGGUGGGAGAGCUGCUGCAGCCCGGGAACUUGGCUGUGGCUCUGCACGUCCUGAGAGUCUACAGGGAGCAGCUGGAGUCCGAGUGGUCGUUGCUGAUUGUUACAGACCAUUUGCUGCAGUGUCCCGAGCUGGUAAAAGCCCUCUACGCCAAACUGAGCAAUCAAGAAAGAGUUACUUUGUUGGAGCUGAUGCUGGCCAAGGUGAGUGAGAAGAGCUCUGUUGGCAGUGAGGAGCUGGAGGUGCUGGGGAGCCACGCCACCUUCCUGGCUGGCUGUUUCCAGGAGCAGUGUGGAGCCGUGCUCAGGUUCGCUGCUGCUCCACAGGCACAGGAUCAGGAAGCGCUGGUGACAGUCCGGCUCCUCGAUGUCCUCUGUGAGCUGACCUCCAGCAGUGGGCAGCUGGACCGGCUGCAGGCUCUGCCUGGGCUGCUGGAAGCAGCUGUAGAUACCCUGAGAUUAACUCACCUUGCUGGGAAACAAGCUGUGAAUGUUUUCACUGCCACACAUGCUGUGACAGGGCAGGAAGAAGUUUCACAUCCAGCCGUGGGUUUUAAAUCUCAUCUCAUCCGAUUGAUUGGAAAUUUGUGUUACAAAAAUAAGGAAAACCAAGACAAGGUGUAUGAGUUGGAAGGCAUCCCCUUGAUUCUGGACAACUGCAGCAUUGAUGACAACAAUCCCUUUGUGAACCAGUGGGCAGUUUUUGCCAUCCGGAACCUGACGGAGCAGAACGAGCGGAACCAGGAGCUGAUCGCGGGGCUGGAGGAGCAGGGGCUGGCAGAGGGCUCUGCCCUGGGCAGCAUGGGCUUGGAGAUGGACAAACAGGAGGGCAGGCUAAUCCUCAGGUCUGCCAGGAAAAAGCCCUCCUGAGCCCAGGAGUAUUUCUCUUAUGAAAUAGUUUUCCCUGCUCAGCCAGUCAAGAUCUCCUCCUUUUCAGUCCCGGGCUGCUGGAAGUGUUACACCCAGUGUCAGAAAAGCUGCCAGAUGAUGCUUCUGCCUCGUAAACAGAAGCACACCUCUGUGUUUCCUGAACACUCGGGUAAAUCAGCCUGUGGAACAAAGUCCUUCUUGUCAGUGGGUUGGGAUUCUUGUUUCCUUGGUAGAAGGGUGUCAUAGAUGCAGUAUUGAGUUGUUACAAUUUCCUUUGCUGAACCUGAGGAUAACUGUUGUUAAAAAACUCUCCAAAGAAAGAGCUGCUUUGCAGGCUGCCCUCCAGUAAAAGAUCUGUGCUGAGUCAGGGCUAAACAAUCAAAGUUUUCAGUCAUGGGACUCAAAUAUCUCUGUUUAUCUAAGGAUCGACGGGAUGUUGGAUGUACAUAAAUAUUUAGUGAAUUAAACACAACAUGCCUUCUGUGUAUUUAAA